AUGUCUUCUCGACUCCGUAACUUCCAGGUAGCCGAACCGAUCGAGCCCGGCCAAUGCGUCUUGAUCCGGCAGAGCCCUUCUCGAUCCCCCAUCGGACCAAAUCUCCCCAACUAUUCACUUGCUGUUGUCUGCACGGAAUCAAUGAUUCCCACAAAGACGGCACGUUUGAAAUCAGCCGUCGGUGUGACAACCCAGCAUGGGCCCUUCCCUGUGUGGUUGAUCGGCAAAAGCGAGUUUUUCUGGCUCACGCGUGCUCGAAUGUUUCACUUCGAAGAAGCGCACAAGGAGGAAUGGAAGAGAGCUGAUCCGAACUCCGACUUCACUAGUUACUUCACGUUGGCUAAAGAAAACAGUGGGAAUCUAGAAUUCUGGACGAACGUCAUCUUGGAGCACAAGAAAAUGGUUGAUGCUCGCGAGGGCAAUCUGAGCGCACAAACAGGUCAGAAGCAUCUACGGGAAAGCAGCAGCAGCAGCAACGACCUCUCUGGCAGAGAGCGCACCACGGAAGAUUCUGACGACAGUCAUCUGGAGGACUCAGACUAUGAAGGGCCAAUCCGCAAGAAAUCGCGGUCCAAAACCACGAAGGCACCGGUUUCAGACGGAGAAGCUACUACGUCAGCACAACUCACAGCGUCUACCCCUCCACCAUGCAUGGUUGGUCCACCCCCCAGACUCCAGACGCCAGCUCCUCCCCCGUACAUCACACCGGCGGCAUCAUCACAAGACGGGGGUAUCAUCAAGCCCGAGCCCUCAGACGAGGACGACGCCAUCCCAAUCAAAGAUCUCGUCCAAGUAUUCGUCGGCCAGACCAACGACGCGCCAUUCGAAUGCUCGCGAGCCAGUCUCGCCCAAUCCGCCAUCCUCACCGAGCGUAUUACAACGCGGGCCGGCGAGCGACUAUGUUCCUUUAUCAUGGACCCAACAUUCUCCGACAUCGCGCCCUCUGACUUCAAAGCGGUGGUGCAAUUCCUUAACGCCUACGAAUAUGAGCCUCUGCUCCUCACCUCCUCCGCAGACGGGAAACCCAUCCUCGACGAGUCCGCCGCCCCAAUCAACUACCCAGCCGACCUCCUCCGCUCGGCGAACCUCUUCAACCUCGCCAAGCGCCUCCAGCUCCCGGCCUUCGGCCACCUCGUCUUCCGCAAGAUCCUGCACGGCCACCGCAGCUACGACACACAGCCCUUCCUCGCCUUUGCCACGCGCAUCCUCACGUACGCGGGAUGCGAUUUCGCAGACGGAGAUCCCAUCAAGGGCGUGCUGGAGGAGUGGGUCGUCAAGUUCCUGGCCGAGCAUAUGCAUACCAUGUGUUCGCGGAUCGUGCGCGACGCGAGGGCGUUUUGGGAGCUGAUGCGCGUCAAGGGCGUGGAGGCGAGGGUUAUGGAGAUGCGGCUGAAGCUGUGUAGGGAGUUUCCUGGCGGGAGGAUCAAGAUUGAGGAUUGA